AUGGCUUCUCUGAAGAUUUCGCCUUCUUCCCCACUCUCCGUCCCUAAGAGCAUCGGAUCUGUUGGUGUUCCUUUCUCUAGGAAACGAGUUUCAUUUCUUGUCCGAGCUGAGCAUUCUCCUUCUUCUUCUUCCUCUUCUGAUCUUCAAGAUAAAUGUCAGAGGCGUGUGGUGGUAACAACACUAGGCGUUGUUGCUCCAUGGAUCUCAUUGCUUAGUAGAGCUCCAACAUCAUUUGCUGCAGAAAGCAAAAAGAACUUCCUCACUGUCUCCGACAAUAAGGAUGCGUAUUCGUUUCUCUAUCCGUUUGGUUGGCAGGAAGUUGUGAUUGAAGGUCAGGACAAGGUGUACAAAGAUGUGAUUGAGCCUUUAGAAAGCGUCAGUGUUAAUCUGAUCCCUACUAGCAAACAGACUAUCAAAGACUUCGGACCCCCGAAGCAGAUCGCUGAGACACUGAUAAAGAAAGUUCUGGCUCCUCCUAAUCAGAAAACUACACUCAUUGAUGCAUCAGAGCACGAAGUUGAUGGGAAGACUUAUUACCAGUUUGAGUUCACUGCUCAGGCUAGAAACUACACUCGACAUGCCCUUGGUGCAAUCACGGUUUUCAAUGGGAAAUUCUACACAUUGACGACCGGAGCUAAUGAGAGGAGGUGGGAGAAGAUGAAAGACAGGCUUCACACUGUCGUUGAUUCCUUCAAGAUCACUGUUUGA